AUGGAUGAGCUCCAAGUUUAUUAUCAGCUUAUUUAUUUGCAACAGAAAUUCGGGCAGGGGGUGAAGCUGGAGGUGCUGGAGCCCGGGGCCGUGGGGGGACGCCUGGCCACGCUGCGGGGGGGGGGGGCUGACUAUGAGGCAGGGGGGUCCAUCAUCCACCCCCUCAACCUGCACAUGAAGCACUUUGUCAAGGAGCUGGGCCUCUCAGUGGUCUCAGCCCACGGGGGCCUGAUGGGCAUUUAUAACGGGGAGGAGUUUGUGUUUGAGGAGAGCAGCUGGUACCUCAUCAACCUUCUCAAGCUCCUCUGGCGCUACGGGCUCAACCCCCUGAGGAUGCACAUGUGGGUAGAAGACAUCCUGGACAAGUUCAUGAGGAUCUAUCGGUACCAGAGCCACGACUUCGCCUUCAGCAGCGCCGAGCGGCUGCUGCACGCCCUGGGUGGGACCCUCUUCACCCAGAUGCUGAACCAGACCAUCGAGGAGGCCAUGCAGCAAGCUGGCUUCUCCCACAAGUUCAUCAAGGAGAUGGUGUGUCCAGUCAUGAGAGUCAACUAUGGGCAAGGUGUCAACAUCAACGGGUUCGUGGGUGCAGUUUCUCUGGCUGGGGUGGACUCAGGCCUUUGGGCAGUAAAAGGGGGGAACAAACUGGUCUGCACUGGCCUUCUCCAGGCCUCCAAAGCUGAAGUGAUCUCUGGUACUGUUGUGUCUAUUGAGCCAAAAAUCAGACCCAGUCGUAUAGGGGACCCGGUGAAGCUGUACCAAGUGACCUACAACACCAGCUCUGGCCUGACAGGGGACACGUACGACAUGGUGUUCAUCGCCGCCCCGCUGGGCCGCAGGAUGGCCGACAUCACCUUCAAGAACUUCGACCCCCCUGUCCCCGAGUUCCCCAACCCCUACCACCAAACUGUCACCACCCUGGUGCACGGGCGCCUCAACGCCUCCUUCUUUGGGUACCAGGACCCCUCCAGCUUCCGUUUGGAUGCCAUCUUCACCACGGAGAACCCAGAACUCUUCAUCAACAGCCUGGGGGUGGUGUCUCCUGUGGACGGGGUGGGUGAGGAUGGGAAGUCUCCCUCACAAUCCCACGUCUGGAAGGUGUUUUCCCAGGAGGAGCUCAGCAAAGAGCAGCUUCGCUUGCUUUUCUCCUCCUACGACUCGGUGAAGGUGAAGAAGUGGUUGGCGUACCCUCACUACAGCCCCCCGGAGAAGUGUCCCCCCAUCAUCCUGCACGACAACCUGUACUACGUGAGCGGGCUGGAGCGGGGCGGCCGCGCCAUAGAGCUCCGACCCAUCGCCGCCCGCAACGCGGCGCUGCUGGGCUAUCACCGCUGGCACGGGAACCGGCACCUCAUCGACCAGCAGGACCUGCACGAGAGGCUGAAAACGGAGCUCUGA